UUUAUCUGUAUUUCGCCAGUGCUGCCCAUCGGUCACACUGCAUCCUCACACAUAACAAAAGGCAGGGCGAAAAAAUUGUAAAUUUAUACGGAUUUCCCCCCUAUUUCCGGACAUUUUCCUGUCAAUCGAGAGAGCACUGUGAAGCACAAGGGGAAGCGAAUAACGCCGAUUGCAAAGGAAUUAGGCAAAAGGAACAGAGAAAGAGGAGACUCCAUCAUGGCAACGCCGCAGUCGCCCAUGUUCAAUGGUCUGGACGAUGAUCUCUACACGGAGGCCAAGUUUGCCCACGAAAUGAACGACAAGAUGCGCGUCCCCAAGCGCAUUAAGGCCACGGGGGAGUACUCUGACGAGGAUCUGCUGCUGUCCAACCAGACUGGGCUCAUAAGCUCUUGGAAUUACCACGACAAGAUCGACAUGAAUGUCCCCGAUCGGAUCGUGGUCCUCGGACACAAUCAGCACUUGGAGACGCGUUCGGCACCGCGUGAGAUCCAGCUGGAGAACUCCAUACUGCCCAAGAACCCGUCUAUGGGUCUGGUCCGCGUCCAGACGCCACCGCGUAUUAUUACCCUGACGGAUCAUCACUUUCCCUCGGCCUCCGAGGAGAGCUCCCCCAUACGGGCGAACGGACACCAUGUGUACGGUGAGGAUCUGGGGGAUGAGGAUGAUGACGACGAGGCGGGACACCCGGCCACACAGUAUGUGCGGGCCAAUGGAACAGCACGCAUGGGCUUCCAUGCCAACGAUACGCACUCGGUGGAGUCGGAUUCGCAGUUGACCACGGGUAGUGCCAGCAAGCGCUCGCAGCAUAACCAGCAGCACAACAAUCUGGACGCCUCGAUGUUGUCACAUCGCGAGGGCACACCCAUGGGCGAGCUGACGCCCCAUGAGGAGAUCCUGUAUUUGAGACGCCAGCUGGCCAAACUUAAUCGCCGAGUGCUAAACAUUGAGAUCAACAACGAGCAGCGUACGCAGCGGGAAAAGAUUGUGUACUGCUUGGGCCUGGCCUACUUCGUUCUCAAGACAAUAUUCUGGCUGAAUCGCAAUUAAAUGGAUGGAUAGAAGGACGAAGACGGUGCUAGGCCACAACACAUACACACAAUAGCCUAUAUAUGGAGACACCCCCUACCAUUGGGAACAGCUUCUUUCGUUUAAUUAUGACUCCUCCCUUGUUUCCUUGAUUUCUGUGGAAAGGCUCUGAGAGAGACUUUCGUUUGUUCGUUUGCCAUAUAACUUUCGUAGUCUAAGCUCGAUAAUAAAUAAGCGCAACACCUUU